AUGGAUAGUAAAAAAACAGGAAUGCGUUGCUCUGUACAAUUUUGCAAAAGUAAAGCAAGUACUAGGAAUAUAAGUUUCUUCCAAUAUCCAAAAGACGAUCGUCUAGCAUUAUGGACAAAAAAUUGUGGUACAGAAAAUUUGACUGAAGGACUAUCAAAAAAAAAUAGCUAUAAAGUAUGUGGGGAUCAUUUUGUAGAUUCAAUGUUUUUGAACUCCACAACAAAAAACCGACUAGUUUUCAAUGCUAUUCCAACAAUAUUUAAUGAUGAAAUAAUGUUUGAAAGAACUAAAUUGGCCAAAUUACAGUCGAAAACCGAUGUAGAUCCACAGUAUUUUGAUGAUAAUUCAAAGGACCAGAGUAGCUGUAGUAGUUCAAUUCCAGGCACUGAAGGAUUAAGAAGUCAUUUUAGUGGAUCCAUGAAUACUUCUGAUGCUUCAAAUGAAUCUUGUAGCUCAAUCACAACUACUGAUUCUUCAAAUCAAACACCUGGAUACUUAUCGGCAAAUACACCAAGGAAACAAAAACUAGUCACGGAGAUUAAAUCUGGAAAACAAGAAAUAAAAAAUUUAAAGAAGAAUGUAAUAAAUCUAAGUCAACAAUUAGCUAACUAUGAUACAGUUGAACAUUUUUUAAAAUUAGGUGAAAAAUAUUUAUCACCUGGAUUAUUUAAAAUUAUCAAAUCCCAAAUGAAUUUAAAAAAAAAAACAAAAAGAAGGUUAUAG